GGGAUUCGCGAUCCAUUGUUCUGCGACAGAAUGUUCUUCUUGUCGGUGACUUGAGUCUUGCCACCGCUGUGUAUAUCUCUCACUGUCGAGUCGAAGAUCUUGGCCAGCUGUGGUAGAAGUGUAGGAUUUAAGCCGAGUUGGUCGCGAAUCACCAGGAUUUGAUGGGUGAAUAGACCAGUUCUAAGAGUCUCUCGAUCUUCAUCAGUAAGUGCCGAGAGAUCCAACAACGGCAUUGACGAUGGCAGCAGAACCUCGGCACCCAGCUCGGUAUCCUUGCGAAGCUCGUGUGCGAGCGGCACGACUUCUAGCCUUUCAAUCUUGUGAGGCAUUUUUGUUCUUGAUCGGUGUGUUCUAAUAAUGGUUUACGAAGAACACUGAAAAAAGUUGGUGUCGGUUCUGGAGAUUCUUUUCUGAUCGGCCUCUCCUAUCCAGCAUGAGAGCAUGCCGACGGGCAGCUCUAUCUCAAUGCGCGGCAUGCGCCUGACAAGGUACAUAUCGCUGGUUGGCCUAUCGCACGCGUUGGAUUUCCCCAGGAUACAGCCCUACAUCGUAACAAUCCAUACCAUACUUCGUUCCAUGAUCUGGAACCUCGACCCAACACACUGAGUCGCGCCACCUCCUUCAUCGUAUUGCUCUGGCGCCAUGAAUCAGACCGCAGAUCCGGAAUUGGUGAAGCACGCAGUCGUCAAUGUCGAUACUCAAUGCGUCGGGCCAAGUCUUGGCGAAAGCAGAAGCACACACUCCUGGUCCACUCUGCUUCAACGUCUACGGUAUAGCUGUCAGCUCGAGACGGAAAUUGAUAAGGAUGGCUUCAGGAAAUGGAGCAACGCAGACCUUGAUCCAAUCACCUCGUCUGGACAAACCUGGACCAGUAUCAACUUUGUGACAUACUGGCUCUGCGACGCCAUCGGUCCAGGCAACCUCCGACUGGGCUCUUCGAUCGUCACUCUCGGACUGUCAUGGCAGACUGCUGUGGGAAUCAUCGCCCUCGGACACUUCCUCAUUUCACUCGUCAUUACCGCCAACGGAAUCAUCGGUGCCCGGCUUCACAUUCCGUAUACGAUCCAAAGCAGAGCGUCAUUCGGGUUUUACUGUUCUUUUCUUGUGGUCAUCAUACGAAUGAUAGUCGGCUUGUUCUGGUACGGCAUCAAUACGUAUAAUGGCGCUCUGUGCAUCAAAGCCGUCAUUCUGGCAAUCUGGCCAUCAUUUGCGGAUGUUCCCAAUCGACUUCCCAGAUCAGCCAACAUUACGACUCAGGUCAUGACAGCCUACAUCAUCUACUUCUUAUGCGUCCUGCCCUUUCACUACAUUCAUCCACGCAAGCUCACGUGGUUCUUCCACGCCAAGGCAAUUCUAUGUCUGCCAGCAAUUUUCGGCAUGCUCGGUUGGGCGUGUCAGGCAACCGGAGGGGGACUGCACACUUCUCUGCUCCAGCGAGGCACUACCAUCUCCAACUCCAAGUAUGGAUGGGCAUUCAUGAGCGCACUGAACUCGAUGCUUGGCAACUACGGCACAAUGGCAGUCAACAUCAACGACUUUGCACGCUACUCCCGCAAAACCCGAUCCGUCUACAUCCAAAUCCUCAUCAUCCCAUUAUCAUUUGCCCUCAUGUCCUUUAUGGGCAUCAUCAUCGCCGGUGCCGCCACCGAUCUCUACGGAGAAGAAAUCUGGGAUCCAUUGACUGUCCUCUCGCACUGGACCGGAAGCGGCAGAGCGCGUGCCGGUGCAGCAUUCUGUGGACUGGCAUUGGCGCUGGCUCAGCUGGGGACGAAUUUGAGCGCGAAUUGUAUUUCGGCUGCAAAUGAUUUGAAUGCUAUGUUUCCCAAGUAUGUGAAUUUACGACGUGGAAGCUAUAUUGUCGCUUUUGUGGGAGCGUGGGUUCUCACUCCUUGGAAUAUCCUCGCGUCUGCAUCUGCGCUUCUAAAUUUUAUGGACGGAUAUACGAUCUGGCUGGCACCAAUCACUGGUAUCCUUUUAUCAGAUUACUACCUCGUCCACCACCAAAAAUACCAAGUUCUCGAACUCUACGACCCUCAAGGUCGCUAUCGCUACAACCGCUUCGGAACAAAUUGGAGAGCAAUGGUAGCUUUUGUCGCAAGUUGGGUUCCUCUCACGCCCGGUUUUGCACACGCGGUCACAUCAACGAAUUCCAUCGCAAUGGGUGCUUUGCAUUUGUAUUAUCUUAGUUAUCUUUUUGGAAUUUGUACGAGUGCGGUGAUUUAUACGGGUUUGAAUUGGGCGUUUCCGCAUGUCGGGAGUGUUGUGAGUGAAGGAUGGACGGUUUGA